CAGAUAACCAGAACUGAAUUCCCGGGAAAUCCAUCACAAUGCCGGACUCCAGACUCACCUACAGGCGACGUGCGCCGUACAACACCAAGAGCCAGAAGGUCCGCGUGAUCAAGACCCCCGGUGGUGAGCUCCGUUACCUGCACAUCAAGAAGAAGGGCACUGCCCCCAAGUGCGGUGACUGCGGAACCAAGCUUGCCGGUAUCCCUGCGCUCCGUCCUCGCGAGUAUGCCCAGAUCUCUCGCCCCAAGAAGACCGUCCAGCGUGCAUACGGUGGAUCGCGCUGCGCCAACUGCGUCCAGGACCGCAUCGUCCGCGCUUUCCUGAUCGAGGAGCAGAAGGUCGUCAAGAAGGUGCUCAAGGAGUCUCAACAGAAGAAGCGUUAAGCAGCGGUAUUGAAGGUUGAAGGGGUUUAGCAUGUCAAAACUGGGUCAAUCGGUGUUCAUGUGCAUUAUGGGCAGUCUCCUGGUUCGGUCGGCUUUCACGAUAUCAAGACGAUUUUCGCGUUGUCCGCCAGGGCAGUAGCUGAGUAGGGUCACGAAUGCAUCCACAAGCUACGAAACAAUUUGUCUCCACGAAGUACGAGCGUAGUCCUCGUCUGAGCCCCUGACUUCGUUCUUAUGAUUUUUAACCGUGCACAAUGGAGAUUCGGUAUCGUUACUAACGUCGCGUAAUGGUGCCUCUCGGCCCACGAAUCGUGAACCCGUUACGAUAGGGGACGAGCUGGUGGAUAUGUGAUCAAGAUCUCUCCAGGUCUCAUAAUGGGUGGUCCUCGCACAGCAACGAAUUUUCUUUAGGUGCCAUUCGGUAACCAGACAGGACUAAUGAUUAUGAGUAUAUGUAAGCCAAGAUGUGAUAAGCUGA